AGCCGCAGAGUCGCGACGUGGCGGGCGGAGACGUUUGCUACACGUGGAGCCCGUGGUCCCCAGGUGGUUUCGGCCCGGUACGGCUCGUGAGCUGCUCGUCCAGCAGCAGACUGUGCUUCAUCACCUCCACACGAGCGAGUGCACGCCGUGCAAGCACCCGGAUGGUGGCGGGGCUGUGGGGGCCGGACCUCAAGCCCGAUCAGCAUGCGGCCGACAGAGCGUCUGAGCGAGUGCCGCUGGUGGCCCUCGACGCCCGGCCGGCGGCGGCGCGCCGGAGCAGCCGACGCUGCCGCUCGGUGGGGGCGGCGGCGCGGCGGGCGCUCGCGAGGACCGCCAGGGCGCUGGACUGCUGCCGGCUCAGACAUGCGGGCCGGCGGCUCGGGCGUCGCCAUCUGCAGGUGGCGCUGCUGUCCCUCGGGCUCUCGCUGGCGUACUCGUGCCGCGUCAACCUGUCGGUCUGCAUCGUGGAGAUGACGAACAUGAACAGCACCAGUGGCUUCCCGGCCUACGACUGGAACCAGUCGCAGACCGGCCUGAUCCUCUCAGCCUUCUUCUGGGGCUACGUGGUGACGCAGGUGCCGGCGGGCAUGCUGGCCCAGCGCUACGGCCCCAAGCAGUUCCUCAUGGUGGGCGUGGUGGGCUGCUCCCUGCUCACCAUCCUCACGCCGCUCGUCGCGGCCUACGGCGGCUGGCGCCUCAUGUGCGCGCUCCGCGUGUGCGAGGGGCUCUUCCAGGGCAUGAUCUACCCGUCCUCGCACACGAUGCUGGGCCGCUGGAUCCCGCCCCUGGAGCGCGGACGCGCCUCCGCCUUCGUGUACAGCGGCACCUCCCUGGGCACCGUGUCCACCAUGGCGGGCGUCGGGCUGCUGGCCUCCUCCUCCUGGGGCUGGCCGUCGGGCUUCCACCUGCCGGGCGCGCUCGGCCUGGUCUGGGGCGUCGCCUGGCUCUGGCUGGCCGCCGACUCCCCCGCCGCCUGCCCGGCCAUCAGCGAGCACGAGCGCGAGUACAUCGAGUCGGCCUUGGGCGCGUCCUCCAGCGGAGAUAAGAUUCUCCGUGUGCCGUGGCGCUCCAUCGCUACGUCGCUGCCCUUCUUCGCGCUCCUAGUUACGCACCUCUGCCAGAACUUCGGCCACUGGAUCUUGCUCACCCAGAUGCCCAACUUCAUGAAGAACGUGCUGCACUUCGACGUCAAGCACAACGGCCUCAACUCGGCGCUUCCGUACCUCUGCCUCCUGCUGUCAUCCUUUGUCGUCGGGUACCUGGCGCAGGUCGUCAACGAGCGCAAGAUCCUCAGCAUGACCGCGUCCAGGAAGGUGUUCAACUCGAUGGCGCACUGGGGCGCGGGCACGGCGCUCAUGGUCCUCGCUUUUACCCACGUGACCUCGACCCAGGCGGUGGCGCUGCUAACCGUGACCGUCGCGUUGGAGUCUGGCACCCUAGCAGGCUUCCUCGUGAACCACGUUGACCUGUCGCCCAACUUUGGCGGCAUGAUGAUGGGUGUCACAAACUCCAUUGCCAACACCAUGGGCAUCAUCGCCCCUAUCUUCGUCAGCCAGAUCGUCGGGGACGCGAACACGUCGACGCAAGAGGAGCUGGAGAACGGCUGGAGCAUCGUGUUCAUGAUCGCGGCCUGCGUCUACUUCUCGGGCAACUUGCUGUUUGUGCUGGCGGGCAGCGCGCAGGUGCAGCCGUGGAACAGCCCCUCGCCGGCAGAGUCCAAGAAGCACCAGGUGUCCUCAGCCGGCGCCAUCUCGUAGAGGUGGCGAAGAGGGCGGCGCGGCGGGCCUCGCCGGUUCUCCUCCUCCUCCUGACCUCGCCGGCUGCUGCUGGGCGCCGGCCCCGGCCUCCACAUCACCCUCUUAGCGUGGCGGCGUGCAGGACAUGCAGGCCACGUGUUUGAUUGUGUAUGUGAAUGUGUGCGUGUUCGUAUUCGGCGCUCAGUGAUCACAUAGCCAGGAGCUGCCGGGACGUUUUUCCCCCCGUCCGGGACUCGCCGUUCGUUUGUGGCGAGACGCCUGUGAGAUAGGCAAACCAUUCGACUCGAAGCGCCCGUGCAGGCGCAGCUGGCCACCGGCCGGACAGCGACGCAGUGUGGGCUGCCUGCUGCUGGGCACUGCUGGGUGUCGCGGCACGGCUACAAGCCGCGAACACGACAGAUACAUGAGCUGUGAUAAUUGUCGUAAGCCCCGCCGCGGGAAAAGGCGGGGACGACGCACUUGAAAGAGGAGAUGCUCGUGCGUGCUUGCACUGGGUAAGAGGACGAAGUCUGUCAUGCGUUCCGGAAAUUCUAGUCCAUUCAUCGGUGAUUGCCAGUCUAUCGAAGAUAGAAGGUCUCUCACGAUGCGUUCUCAUAGAGCACUGCCUAACUUUGUGAAAAGAAGGGGUGUAUUUGGUGAUGAAUAAAUUAAAACACGGUCUCAAAAA